CGCACUGCUUGUGAUUCUCCUGCACCGUGGUUUCUCUUUAUGGAUGUUUUGUGUAAAGUUUGGUAGCGGUGGAUUGAUAAGAAUCUGUUCUUCCAGCAGAAACAACCCGCGCCACUGCGCAUUGAUCUGAUCCGGCAUGUCUCAGGACAGUCAGCACGGCAAGUGGACCAUCUCCAGCAGUGAUGAUGAUGACGAUGAGGCUCUUCCUCCUUCAGGGACUGCAACAUCUGGUUCCCGUCAACCCGCUGAGUCCAGUCACAGUUCCUACCGAUCUGCUACUCCAUCACCACCCGUGGAGGUGAAACCAGAGCCAGCCAAACCACCGGUGUCCUCUCUCGCUGUUGGCUCAGAAGCCAGGCAGUCAGCCGCUAAGAGCCAGUUAAACCCAGUGAAGUAUGAAACCAGCCCUUCACUGGCUGGAAAACGCAAGAAAGUGGCGUCAGAUAGCACGGGCUGGGCUCUCUCUGAUAGUGAUGAAGACGAUGGAGAGGUGAAGGGAAAGAGUUUGAGUGACUUGCCAAAGAAGGAGCCUCCAAACCCCAAAACAAAGAAGCCAAAGGUGGAGAGCGAGCGUCCUCCAAGUCCUCACGGCCGACUUUACUACAUCGAUGAGCCCGAUGACUUCUUUGAGUCCUGUCUUCCUCCACUAAAUGACACCUACAGGUUUUACCUCAACAAAGUCACAGGACUGGAAAAGAAGUACAACAAUGGCGCUCUGCAUAUCCGGGACAUUCUUUCCCCAUUGUUUGGCACCUUGAAAGAAUCGGUUCAGUUUAACUAUUGCUUUGAUAUUGCCUGGAUGGUGAAGCAGUACCCAUCAGAGUUUAGGGAUCGCCCAGUUCUGAUCGUACAUGGUGAUAAGAGGGAGGCCAAAGCUCGACUCAUCCAGCAGGCUCAGCCCUUUCCACAUGUGCGCUUCUGCCAGGCCAAGCUGGACAUUGCUUUUGGAACUCACCAUACGAAAAUGAUGUUGCUGUGGUAUGAGGAAGGCUUCAGAGUCAUCAUUUUGACCUCUAAUCUCAUCAGAGCUGACUGGUACCAGAAAACACAAGGGGUAUAUUUAGUUGGCUCAACCCCAGGAAGAUAUGUAGGUUCAGAUAUGGAGCGCUGGGGCCACCUGAGGCUGAGGAAGCUGUUGUACGAGCAUACAAAUCCUAUUCCUGGCGAGGAAAGGUGGCCAGUGAUUGGCCAGUUUUCCAGCAUCGGCUCUAUGGGAUUGGAUAAAUCUAAGUGGUUGGCGGGGGAAUUUCAGCGCACCCUGACCACACUAGGAAAAUACUCUCUUCGCCCAGACCCUCCUGUGCACUUGCUUUAUCCAUCAGUAGAAGAUGUGAGGACGAGUUUAGAGGGAUAUCCAGCUGGAGGCUCUCUUCCCUACAGUAUCCAGACAGCUCAGAAACAACUUUGGCUCCAUUCUUACUUUCACCGCUGGAAGGCAGAAGCAACGGGGAGGAGUCACGCCAUGCCACAUAUUAAGACAUACAUGAGGGCAUCUCAAGAUUACUCUCAGCUUGCCUGGUUCCUUGUCACAAGUGCGAAUCUCUCCAAGGCAGCAUGGGGUGCGCUAGAGAAGAACAACACUCAGAUGAUGGUGCGUUCGUAUGAGCUGGGAGUCCUCUAUCUGCCGUCCGCCUUUGGCAUGAAGACAUUCUCUGUUGACAAAAAUCCAUUUCCGGUCUCUGCGUCCUUCUCGGGUUUCCCAGUGCCGUUCGAUCUCCCCCCUACAUCCUACACUACUAAAGAUCAGCCCUGGAUCUGGAACAUUCCUUACAGCCAGGCUCCCGACACACAUGGCAACAUCUGGGUUCCCUCCUGAUCACACGCACACACGUCUCAUUUGAUGUCUGUACCUGUUAGUUACUGUGUUUAGUUGUUAGUGGUCAUUAGCAUUUUUCUAAAUACUUUUAUACUGUACCAUAUACUCAUAUGAUUUCUACCAAUAAAUAAAAUAUUGUUAGAUUUGUGUAUUUGCAAUGUCAGUUGUUGUUUUUCAGCAUUAGAAUAAGAUUUAAACAUAAGAGGUUGCACUCAAAUAGCUUGAGUUAUAAGUCUUCAUAUGUAAUUCCAAUUUAGAAUCCCAGGAGAGGUCUGAUGUGAUCUUAUUUUGGCAUAAUGGGGGAGGUUCUGUGUAAAUUUACUUAAUUUA